CCAUACACAACGAGCAAGGAGUGCUACAGCAAAAUGCACAAUCUACGAACUCAGUUUAAAGUGGAGCACGCCAAAGUAAAAUCAACGAAAAGCAGUGGCGCUGGGAAGAACGACAUAUACAAACCAUCUUUAUGGUAUUACGAGAAGUUAAUGUUUUUGGUGGAUCAUUGCUUGCCACGAAAAAGCACAGCCAUAGCCCUGACUCAACAUUCCAUGACUGAGGACAAUGAAAGUGAAGAGACAUGCAGUCACUCUUCUCAAAGUGUGGAUAUACAACCAUCACCACAUCAAAACAUCGAAGGCUGUUAUAGUCUUGAUGUGGAUGUGCCGAACGAUGUAUGCAUUGGGGAACAAUGUGAAGCAGCAGCAGCAACAACAACAGCAGCAUCACCAUCACCACCACCACCACCACCACCACCACCACCUACCCAUGCCACUCAAAGGAGGGAUGGAAGAAGGAAGAGGCCUGGUGAUGGGUACAUGAGUGCUGUUGAGGUAAUAGCUAAUAAAAUAUGUGCCACCCAAGACUGCCAACAACCCUUGGCAGAGCUAACUAUGGAUAGCUGCAUGAAAUUCAUUGGUAACCUUGCAAAGGAAAUCAAGAGCAAUGAAAUCGGAAUGCAGUUAAUAAGAGACCUUGUUAAUGUAACAACAGAAGCAAAACUGAAAGAUCUACAGAUACAAAUGCAGAACUCGAGUGAAAGUGAAAUUGUGUAA